AUGGCGACCUGCCUGCGGCUGCGGAGCUGCUCGGCUCCGCACCUCCGGCGGGCACCUCCCAGCCGGAUCUGCCACCCCCGUACCGACUGCCCAGUGGCCCCGAUCCGCGGCUACGCCCGAGGCCCGGCGGGCCUCUCCUCGGCCCUGCUACGCACCGACGGCUUCGUGGGCGGCCUCUGGGUCUCGGCAGCCGCCACCUUCCCGGUGCACGACCCGGCCAGCGGCGCCGAGCUAGGCUUGGUGGCCGACUGCGGGGUGCCUGAGGCCCGCGCCGCCGUGCGCGCUGCCUACGAGGCUUUCUGCAGCUGGAGGGGGGUCUCGGCCAAGGAGAGGAGUUCUUUACUUCGCAAGUGGUAUGACUUAAUGAUACAAAAUAAGGAUGACCUUGCCAAGAUAAUUACAGCUGAAAGUGGAAAGCCACUGAAGGAGGCACAGGGAGAAAUUCUCUAUUCUGCCAACUUCCUGGAGUGGUUUUCAGAGGAAGCCCGCCGUGUUUAUGGAGACAUUAUCUCCACUCCAACAAAAGAAAGGCGGGCUUUGGUCCUCAAGCAGCCCCUCGGUGUGGCCGCAGUCAUCACCCCGUGGAAUUUUCCCAGCGCCAUGAUCACACGGAAGGUGGGGGCCGCCCUGGCAGCCGGCUGCACGGUGGUGGUUAAACCUGCCGAGGACACGCCCUUCUCUGCCCUGGCCUUGGCUGAGCUUGCAAACCAGGCUGGAAUUCCCCCAGGUGUGUACAACGUGAUUCCUUGCUCUCAAAAGAAGGCCAAGGAAGUAGGGGAAGCACUUUGUACAGAUCCUCUCGUGUCUAAAAUUUCCUUUACUGGUUCGACAGCCACUGGAAAGGUCCUGUUGCACCACGCAGCAAACUCUGUGAAGAGGGUGUCCAUGGAGCUGGGUGGCCAUGCCCCUUUCAUCGUCUUUGACAGUGCCAAUGUGGACCAGGCCGUCGCUGGGGCCAUGGCCUCCAAAUUUAGGAACUCUGGACAGACGUGUGUGUGCUCCAACCGUUUCUUGGUGCAAAGCGGUAUCCAUGACUCCUUUGUGAAAAAAUUUGCUGAGGCAAUUAAAACAAACCUGCAUGUGGGUAAUGGAUUUGAAGAGAGAACUACUCAAGGCCCGUUAAUUAAUGCAAAAGCUGUAGAAAAGGUAGAGAAACACGUGCGUGAUGCCAUUUCCAAAGGGGCCACCAUUGUGACAGGUGGGAAGCGACACCACGUUGGGAAAAAUUUCUUCGAGCCCACCCUGCUCAGCAACGUCACCCGAGACAUGCUCUGCUCUCAGGAAGAGACUUUUGGGCCUGUGGCACCUGUUAUCAAGUUCAACACAGAGGAGGAGGCGGUGGCGAUCGCUAACGCGGCCGACGUCGGGCUGGCAGGUUAUUUUUACUCUCAAGACCCGGCCCAGAUCUGGAGGGUGGCGGAGCGGCUGGAGGUCGGCAUGGUUGGCGUUAACGAAGGACUGAUCUCCUCCGUGGAGUGCCCUUUCGGGGGGGUGAAGCAGUCCGGCCUUGGGCGAGAGGGCUCCAAGUACGGCAUUGACGAGUAUCUGGAGCUCAAGUAUGUGUGCUUCGGAGGCUUAUAGGAUUCUUCAAGAAAUAAAAAGGGAGGCUUACCUAUGUAUGGGGACAUGCCAUCUGUUAUUUUAAAUAAACCCAUAGGGUAGGUGAACUAGGAAUUUUAAAAAACGAAUCAUCCAAUCCUUAUAAGCAGAUACAAAGCCUAUCCCUCCCCCUAGCUGGCUUGGGGCCAAUACAUGCCACAAGCCUGUGGCCACAAAUCCCUGAGAACCAGCAGUGGGUUUAUAGGAUGAGGCCUUGGAUCGCCAGCCCUCACCCUCCCCACCCAUGACCCCAUCUGCCUCAGAGCAAAGUGCAACAAGCUGGUCCUGAAGCCCCCUCAUCAUGGUGGGGCCACAGCCUGGGCAAUGACAUAGCCAGCACCCACGUGGCUCCGGAGCUAAGACCCAGGGGGCUGCGGGGGACAUCUCUUGAGUGUGACUGACAGGCUGGGCAGGAUGCCACUGCAUGCCUGGAGACCCGCCAGCUGGGUAUUCGGAGGUGUUGCUGCAGUGGCUGAAUCAGUGUUUUUUCUUUUUUUUUUUUUUUAAGAACUUUAGACAUAGCACAGAAUUGCCUGAAUUUCUUUGAGAAGUGAAAGAACCCCUCUCUUUUUUUUGACUAGUUUUUAAACUGAAAGCUCCAUCAUCCUCAACUGCUUGAAGAUUCUGUGCUCACUUCUGUGCUGUUUUUCCACAUCAUGUUUCUGAGAGAAAAUAAGCAUAAAGCAGAGCGCAGCAGCAGCGGCUUGGUGGCGCUCUAUCCACGGGUAACGGCCUGGCCGGGCGUUAUCUGCACAGACAUGCUGUCUACCCCCCACACCCAGCCCUCAGUACAGUGGAGAUUCUGUUCAUGCCUUACUUAGCUCCAUGGGAUACUGGGAACCUAAGAGAAAGCAAACAUAUAGUAUUUGCCAAAAAGUGAAAAUUCGAUGUUCAGUGCGGGAGUCAUCGUUGUUAUGGGUGGCACCUCCCAGCCCGGCUUGGGUCUCCAGCAGUGGCUUUGCCAAGGUGAGGGGAGGCUGGUACCCACCUGCUCGGCACCUGAGCCCGAGGGCGGGCUGGUCUCCCAUAGCCUGCUCUUUGUGACAUGCUGCUCCGUCACCUGCAGAGAGCGCGAAAGCACUUUGAGCACAGUGAUCUCAAAAGGGAAAAGAAUUUCCAUAGUUGCCAGUUGGAAGAGGUGCUUUUUAUCCAAUGAGUUUUUAUAGUUCUUCUUUUAAAAACAAAAAGCCCAACGAUCACUGUUUCCUGUUGCUCUGAAAGAAAAACUGUAAGAAUAAACAGUAGGCUUUUCUGUACUGUGUCUCUAAACGUCCUGAUACAUGAGGAAAGGGGAGGCUGGUCCUGGUGGAACAGAUAGGGACGAAGCUCCCCCUUUCCGUGUGUGUGUGUGUGUGUGUGUGUGUGUGUGUGUGUGUGUCUGUGUGUGUGUCUGUGUGUGUGUGUCUGUGUGUGUGUGUGUCUGUGUGUGUCUGUGUGUGUGUCUGUGUGUCUGUGUGUGUGUGCUUCACUGACAUCCUCUGGAUGUUUUGGGGAGCGGAAGGAAAACAUGAAUGAAAGGAGUGCUGGAGGCAGUUGCUCCUGGACCAGUAGCACCCCUCACUGAGCCACGGGGAGCUAAACAGCUAAAGGUCUGAGAUGUCCCUGUGCACAGAGGGUACCACAGCCAGUCCCAGAGCUGCCUUCUGUUUGCCCUGGGUUACAUCAGCCGUCCCCCUGAGGCCCAGCUAAGCAAUCAGCUGAAGUCCACCUAGUGACAGGCACUGCUCAGACCCUGUCCACAAUCACAUACACAUCAUAUUGACCGUGAAUUUGCACUUACUAGUUCUGGGGUUGUUUCAUGUGACAUUUUAAUUACUUAAUGUUUGGAUGUGUCCAUCUGUUUUCUAUUAACGAUAAAAAUGCUCUAAAUAGUAUUUAGAAGUCCAGAAUACUAGUGCUUGAAAUGUUUGGAGGAAUACAUUCAAAUACAUUUGUUAAUUUUGUAACUCCGCAGAUGCUUUGGCUUGAUGGCAGAUUUUGUUUUCUAGUAUAUCUGUUUGACCAGGUACAUAAACUGAGGGCCAGAGACUCACUGCAACAUCCUUGAUUAAUUCUGGAAUUAAAGUAAGUUGAAAAGGAAAUAGCUUACUGUUUAGUAAAAUUGAUCUGGAUUGUGGGGAAAGACGUAUUUUUUAAAUGAACAUUUUUGGGGGUUAUUGUUCAGUAAGGUGAUUGAUUAUGUGAUGGAAUAUGUGAUGGAUUUGUUAAAAAUGUGUGUUUUAACAUUAAAUAGAAAAGGACCAUUAGACCAGGGAUUGGCUCACAGGCCAAAUCUUGCCUGCUUUUGUACAACCCAGCACUAAGAAUGGUUUUUAUAUUCCCAAAUGGUUAAGGGAAAACAAAUCAAAAGAAUAGUAUUUCAUGACACAUGAAAAUUUUCUGAAAUUCAGAUAUCAGUGUCCAUAACUCUUUGCGAUCCCAUGGACUGUAGUCCGCCAGGUUCCUCUGUCCAUGGAAUUCUCCAAGCAAUACUGAAGUGGAUAGCCAUUCUCUUCUCCAGGGGAUCUUCCCAACCCCGGGAUCAAACCCGGGUCUCCUGCAUUGCAGGCAGGUUCUUUACCAUCUGACCCUCAGGGAAGCCCCAAAUAAAAUGUUAUUGGAACCCAGCCACGCCCAUUCAGUUACCAUAUGAUCUGUGGCUACCUCCUAGGCAGAAUUAUUUGCACCACAGACAGAAUUGCCCACAAAACUCUUUGGCUUUUUACAGAAAUAAUUUGCCAACCUCUGAUCUAAACCAAGAGGGAGAUACUGACUUUCCCAUGUUAAUGAGGCAUUAUUUCAUUUUAUUGAACACCUACUGUGUAAAAAAAUACUUUUCCAGGUCUUGCUCCAGUGAAUCCUCACCAAGAACUUUCCAGCAAUCAUCACAUGACUCAUACGAAAUCACCCAGAUAACGGGAGUCUGUUGGCCUUGAGAAAACAAUUCUCAGUUUACUUUCCCCAGCUAUGCAGGGAUUCUCAUUUUACACCUCCUCUGUACCUGUUAUCUUUAUCCAUUUGAGCAGCUUUUAAAUAUAAUUUUAUGUCAAGUGUUGGCUCAUCUACCUUUAAUUUUUAUGGAAAGACUUAGUGAAAGUAAAGAUCAGAAGCACAAUGCAGAUAAAUCUGUUUUAUUGUAAACUUAGAUCAUUAACUUUAAACUGUGCCACAUGACUGCCUUCUCUGCAGGCUGAAGCCCAGGGCUUUAAUUAUUCAUAUACGGCUAUGAUAGAUAGCAUUUUACUUGAAUAAUAUUUAUGCUUUGGGUUUUUUUCACGCUGUAUUUUGCGGGAUAAAACUUGGGGAUAAGUGUAGUUGGAACUGUGAAAACAUUUUGUUUUUUAAAAAUGUACAUGUAAUUCACUUUCCGGUUUUUGAUAACUGUGUAUGUCAAGGCAGCGGAGUUGUGCGUGUGUGAUUAAUAAAGGU